GCACUAUAGAUAACUAUUUGCCUGUAAUUGAAAGUGAAAUGAUAAUAAACUAACAAUAUGACCACCUACGCUUUAUUAACUGUUGAUGAGUAAAAAUUAAAAAAAUAUGUAUAGUCUAAUAAAUUCUAUUUCAAAUAACCUUAUAAACAAACCACAAUGAAUAUUAUAUAUAAUCAACUCAGAUGAUUUCAUAUACAAAUUGGUGGAUAAACUUAAUAUUCCUUAUGGAUUCUAAAUUUUAUAAACACGAUACAUUAUAUUAAUUAACAGAUUUGUUAUAAACAAAUUGACUUCAUUAAAAAAAGAAAAAAGAAGAAAAGAAAAAAACUACUUAUCCAUUUUAUAUAAAAUAAUCAGUAUAUACAAAUCAACACAAAAUGAAUGGGAAAUAUACUCAAUCUUUAAUUUUAAAUUGGAUAUAAUUAUUCAUUUAUACAUGUAAGAUAUUGUUUUAUUAAAAUAAGAACUUUCGUCUAAAUUUUGAACGAAUAGUUUCAAAAUAUUUGGGUGCCAAAUUAAUGUUCCUGCCUGGAGUUAUUCCUGAUCCCCUGCUACAAGACACGGAAGCCUGUUAAGCGAAAGCUUCUUCUAUUCCGUCCACAACCAUCUGAACCAUUCUUUUACGUCUAGAACAAUUUGAAACAUUUGUGCAUAUUUUUGAAUACCGCGUUACGGUUCAGUAUUAGUGAUCGACGCCAGAUAGGAUGUUUUCGUCCUAAGAGUAAGGAUGCAAGAUGGUGUUUGUGAGCGUUUUGUUCAACGCUACUUAUUGUCGAAGAAUUUCAAAGACACACUGAAUGCAUUCGAAAUCGAGUAUUCGAAAGAAAAAAAUAGAGGGAAAUUUCAGCCAUUGGAUAUUAUCGAUCAACUUCAAGAAGCGAUCUACGAUUCUAAUUUAUCUCAGUUAACCAAUCAGUGGAAUUUCUUAGAAAAUACACUCUUUCACCGGUUAUCGGGUGAUAAACAACUUGCUGCCAAUGAGCUCAAAGUGCAUGUUUUUCGUACAUACUUAGUGCAGGCUAAAAUAAAGAAACGUCAAGCUAAAAUGACUGAGUUUUUCGAAUUACUUUCUUCCCAGUUCUCCUUUGGAAAAGAGGAAUGGCAAAGUUGGUGUGCUUUGCCUUACGCAGCGGAUCCAAAAAUGCAUUCAGAGUUUUUUAUGUAUUUUACAAAGUCAUGGAUGGAUGUAUUGAUUCUAUCACUAACAAACUUCCUCUGUUUGAUUAAUUAUUCUGAAAGUAACCAAAGCAGAGUAUUUUUUGAGACGGAGUUUCCGAACCGAAAGAAUAAAUCAAGCACAAACGAAAAGACAUCAACGUCAGGAAAUCAAUUACCAUUUGGAGAGCUCCUUGAUGACUUUAAUGAACUGGGAACUAUCCGAACAAAUUCGAAACUUUCAUGACCAUUUCAAAUGUCCAGGAGUGUGAAACAAGUGUCGUUUGUGUUAGUAACUCAUGUAUAUCGCGUAGUUCUACAUAUGACUGACUAUUGAACAUCUUCAACUAUAUUUCUGAACAAUCAUCAACGUUUUGUAUUUGACAGAAAAAACUACUCCCUUUCAUACUUGACUUUAAAUUUAUCUGCUAAAUGCCUUUCUCGACCGGGGGUGGGUAAUGUAAUCUACUUGCAUUGAUUACUUUUUUUUCAUUUCCCCGGCUCUGAAAUCCCAUUUUCCGCCAACCUACUCAUUUCACACACUCUUCGGUUUUGCUGCAGUUAAAGAUGUUUUGCCUUAUUAAUUCGGUCCUCUCUUAUGUUAGUCCUGUACCUCUAAGUGUGUGAUUAGGAUUCGAACUUUAAAUUAACUGAGAACUAAAG